AUGUUUGGUUACGAGAAUAAGGAUGCUGCCACUACGAUUGGCUAUGCCUUGCUGGCAGGUCUCUCGAUUUGGUAUUUGACGACGUAUGUCUUCUCACCGCUGCGCCGGUUUCCCGGUCCCUUCCUCGCAGGCUGGACGAAUCUAUGGCGCAUGUUUCACGUUCGACAGGGAAAGUACCAGGUGGUCAUUCACGAGCUACACAAAAAGUACGGUCCGGUGGUGCGCAUUGCCCCCAAUGUGCUCGACCUGGAUAUACCCGAGUUGAUCAAGACAAUCUACAACACCAAAGCGGAUUAUCUGAAGACCGAGUUUUAUCAUGGCAGUAGUGCUAAAAACAAUGGCAAAAUUAUCUAUAAUCUCUUCAGCGAGUGCAAUCCUGAAAUCCAUGCACAGCAGAAGCGACCCAUCUCGAAACACUACUCCAUGACGGGGGUGCUUCCGCUGGAGCCCCAUAUCGAUGAGAUGAUUCAGUACUUCUGUCAACGCCUGGAGGAGAAGUUCGUCGAUGGGUCCAACUCCAGUAAAACAUGCGACCUAGGUGAAUGGAUUGCGUUCUACACCUGGGACGUGGUUGGCAAGGCCACAUUCAGCCAACCCAUUGGAUACCUGGAAAAGGGCUAUGACUUUGACAAGACCCUAAGCAUCGCGAAUGUCGCCAUGGACUACUUUUCCAUGGUGGGACAAAUGCCAAUCCUGGACCACUUGUUGGACAAGAACCCUGUUUACCGAAUUGGCCCACCGUCUUUUGGAAACAUCACCAACAUAUCGAUCCAACACCUCAUGGACCGACUUCAGAACAAAGACACCGACUACCAUGACCCCAGCAAGCCCGACUUCUUGGACAAAUUCAUCGAGGCCAAGGAGAAAUUCCCGGACGUGGUGGAUGACAUGCAAAUCGUCUCGUAUCUGAUGAUCAACAUGAUUGCAGGAGCCGACACAACGGGCAUCACCCUUAACGCGGCAUUGUACUUCUCCUUGAAGGACCCUCGCGUCUGGGAGCGCCUGAGAGCCGAGAUUCCCGCUUAUGAUCCUACCUCUGGAACCACGGUAGUAUCCUACAAAUCCGCCAAGGGGUUCCCAUAUUUAGAUGCCGUUGUCCGUGAGGCAAUGAGAUGCCAUCCCGGUGUCGCCAUGCUCCUGGAACGAUACGUACCAGAGGGUGGUCUCGUCCUCCCCGAUGGACGUUUCGUCCCCGCGGGCUCGGUUAUUGGCAUGAACCCCUACAUUCUGGGGCGUAAUACGUCUGUCUGGGGCGAAGAUGCCGAAGUGUUCCGUCCAGAGAGAUGGCUCCGCGAUGAGACGCAGGAGACAGAAGAUGCUUUCCAAGAACGUCUGCGAUCAAUGAACAAUGCUGACCUUGCUUUUGGCGGUGGAAGCCGUAUCUGCAUUGGAAAGCAUCUGGGCCUGCUAGAGGUGUACAAGGUUAUUGCAACUCUUGUGUCGCGCUACGAUAUCAAACUGGCCCAUCCGGAGAGGGAUUGGGAGACCCAUAAUAGCUUUUUUGUGCGACAGACUGGUAUCGAGGUGAAGCUUACUCGCCGGACCUAA